AGUCCUGUUGUGUGCAGUCGAACGGAAUGAAAUGUCAGGUGGCAAUGUUACCCAAAGUAUAUGCGUUCAAGCUGACCUAAGCGAACGCGCCAGAUUUACUUCCUUGUUGACAACCGCAACGCAGUUGAUUCAGGUAAGGCCUUCGAUUGCAUGUGUUUUAGAUUAAUAAUAACUAACAGUUUGUACGUCCGUGUGGUGGAACAUAAUCCUGUGCACAACACAGAGGUCACAAAUCGGGCGAAGUUAAACAAAGUUGGCUGCAGAGAGUUAGUGGAUGUGUGACCGGCAAACUGUUGUGCUUGAUAAGAACAGAUGAGCUCCUCAUGGCGAGUUGAGGUGUGAACAUAAUGGAGACGUCUGUGAUAGUUUGGCAAUGUAUCACCAUUUUCUGCUACAUUCUUCAGCCAGUUUGUACAGCCACAACACACACCAGUAAAGCAUGCUAUGGAUCUGGCGAGCAAUGCGUACGACAUGGCAUCAACUGCAGCAGCAGCCAGAAGAUCGCAAUCUAUGAUGCCUACUACACUAACAAUACAGAUUGUGAUGCUGGUAUCUCUAGUUGCAGCACAGUGAACCUGGACAAUGUGACAGAACAAGGAUAUCACAGGUUCAACAACACCGAGCUGGUCUCCCUCUACAACUACUGUUCAACAGAGAAUCAGUGUGUGUAUGUUGCUCCCCGGCGUGGUGCAGCUCUAACAUUCUCUGUUGUGAAAUAUCAGUGCAUUGAAAAAAUUGAUUUAUUGAACAUCAGUGGAGGUGUUGCAGUAGGCUUGUCUCAAGUCUCACUCAUCCAUGGAGAUAAAAGGAUACCAAGUUCAACACCACAAACCAACACUUAUGUGUGCACUUUCAAGUCAAAUGUCACCGCUACAAGCAUAUCAGUGUAUACUCUUGACGCGCGGUCAGGACGAGGAACUUCAGGGCAAUGCUUAUCAAAGUUGUCUGUCCUACCUGGGGAUGUCAUCACAACAAAUAAUUGUUCCACUCCGUUCAUACCGUUUGAGAGACUCAACGUAACAGCGGAACUCCCGGUAUCUCUACACUUCUCAGAUAUUAUAAGGCCGCCAUCAACACUAGUUUGGCUUCUGAUCAAUGCAUCAGUCCCUUUCAAUAUGGAGUGUGAAACUGAUACAGUGACAAGCACAGGUACAAGUACGGGAACAGAAGUCGAUCAUGUUUCCUCCACAAAAGACAGAAGUCAUGUAUCAACAGAAUCCAGUGCAAUUACAACAACCAAUAAUAUAGUUUCAACAGUGACUAGGGAGAACGACACUGGCACAGCAGAUCAGAGUGAAGAUGACACAGGUGCAAUUAUUGGUGGGGUUGUGGCCACAGUCUUAGUUGUAUUGGUUGUAACAUUGGUAUCAGUGGGGCUUAUACGGAAGAGACAGGCUAAACGUGAAGUAAUGGAGGAGACCACAUCGAUUCCACAGGAUGUACAGCCUGACAUGACAUACAGUUUGGCCGGUAAAAUCCCACAGAACAAAUACAAUGAAAUCCAGGAUCUGAAGACACAGAACAGUAAUUAUGAUUACACUACUGCUGGUGGCAUAGCGAUUCCUACAAAUGCAGACACAUAUUUCAUUAUUGAACCAGCUGGGAAGCAAAAUACAGAACAGUUUUCAACAUCCUCUACCACCGAAUGCGAUUAUGAUCACAUCGGGGACAAACAAUCCCUAGAGACCAGUGAAUACGACACAACAGCCUCGGUGGCUCAAUCUACACAUACAGGAGGAACAAUUGGAGAAGACAAUUAUGGUUACAAUCUUUUCCACAAGAAAACCAACCCUCAGACACACCAGAAUGACUACGACACCGCUGCCUCUGCAACUAAGGCAGUGGCACAACUGACUAGGACCGAUAGGAACACUGAUGAUGACGACUAUGACCAUUUUCCUAGGGUGACCAAUGACCUUGUUAGUUCACCGUAUGAUACUGCAUCAGGAAUGGAAGACAACUAUGAUCAUUCUGUUACGGAGCAAAUGAAAUGAGCCAAUUCCUAAAAUGGGAAUUUUUUUGUGUGUUGUGAUUCACGCGGCAUCUACGUAAAUUGUUACCUUGAACUUGACAAUAGAUUUGUGGCACUAAAAGCUUUUCUUAUUUACAUAACUUUUUUGUAUGUCGGAAAUUAAUAUGUAAGAUUCAUAUGUUUAAAGCUGUACAAGGGUAGCCAAGCCAUCUAAAGGCACCACAAUUCGCUGUGUAACUAUCCAUUGUCAUUUGUUCAAGCCCCAGUUUCAACCUGAUCAAUUCAUGGUUAUUGGUUUGUUAGCACUGUGCUUUGGGGAUGUGCCAAAAUGAGACAUGUGUAAUAUUUGCUAUUCUCUUAUAUUAAGAUGACACUGCGCGAUUAGCUGCAAUUCUGCUCACUCACUUUCACUUUAAUCCUUCCUUGUAUUUUAACAGACAUUUGAUUUGGUUGUCUUUUUGUUCAUAUUAGAAAAUAAAUUUUGAUAUAUUUUA